AUGGACGCUCUUACUACAAUCAUUGACACUGAAGCUGAAAACCCAUAUGCUACUUUCCCAAGUGUCGCAAGAACUGCUUCAAUCAAUGGUUUCGCUGACAGAAUCUACGAUCAAUUGCCAGAAUGUGCUAAAGCUUGUAUGUUUGAAAGUACUGGAUCUACUCCUUGUCCAUACUGGGAUACUGGUUGUUUAUGUGUCAUGCCUCAAUUCGGUGGUGCUAUUGGUCAAUGUGUAGCUGAUAACUGUCAAGGUGAUGCUAUUGGUAGUGUUGAGUAUUUGGCCACAUCCAUUUGUUCAAGUGCUGGUGUUUGGGAUCCUUACUGGUUUAUUCCAGAAUCUGUUUCUGAAGCCUUAGCUUCCGCUGCAGCUGUUGUUGUUGAAGCUGAAACAACUGUUGCUUCCACUGAAGAAACUGCAGCCACCAAUGAAGCUCAAGAAGGUUCAUCAGUUGACACAGGUGCUGAACAACCAGUUGAAACUGGAGAAGCGGAAGAGGAACAAGUUACUGAAGAACAAGCUGAAGAGGAACAGUCUGGUGAAGAACAAGCCCCCGAAGAACAACCAGUUGAAACUGGUGCCCCCGAAGAGGAACAAGCCAUUGAAGAGCAAGUUGGUGAAGAAUCGACUACGGAAGGCGAAGCUGAAAUCACUGAAGCUCCAAACGAGGAAGAAGGUGUUGCUAAUGAAGAAGGAGAAGCAGAGGCCGGAGAAGAAUUGUCCACUUCAAUCGACGCUGGAUCCAACGCCAUUGGCGCUGAAGAAGCUUCCUCAAUCGCAUCCGAAUUAGCAAACGGCGGUGUUGCCAAGGGUGUGGCUAUGGGUGGUAUUAUUGCAGCUUUAGCCGCUUUAAUUUAG